CAUGGCGCUGCCCAAGCACUUGAGAAAUCCGCCGAGGCCGAGCGGGGACGUCUACACACCGUAGGUUUUGCAAGCGGUGGAGGGUGACGGGGCUCCAGCUCCCAGGCCGCGGAGUGGCCCGCGGCGGCACGUCCUCGAAGCUGGAGGAGGUUGCUGGCUGGGUGAAGCUGCUGCCCCCUCUGCGUGGCUGGCCGAGGGUCCUAGAGGCCAAGGCGUCCCUGGUUACCCGGCUUCCACCUCCCCCUUCCUCCCCCGACUCCCGGAGCCUCAGGCCUCCAGGCAUGACCCGACAGUACUCUCCCUCAGUCCCCGAGUCCGGGGCUCCGCUGAGCGGGUCGGUGCUAGCAGAGGCUGCGGUGGUGUUUGCGGUGGUGCUGAGCAUCCACGCGAGCGUGUGGGACAGAUACUCGUGGUGCGCCGUGGCCCUCGCCGUGCAGGCCUUCUACGUGCAGUACAAGUGGGACCGGCUGCUGCAGCAGGGAAAUGCCGUUUUCCAGUUCCGAAUGUCUGCAAACAGUGGCCUUCUGCCCGCCUCCAUGGUCAUGCCUUUGCUCGGGCUGGUCAUGAAGGAGCGCUGCCAGGCUGCGGGGAACCCGUAUUUCGAGCGCUUCGGCGUUGUGGUGGCAGCCACUGGCAUGGCAGUGGCUCUCUUCUCCUCCGUGUUGGCACUGGGCAUCACUCGCCCGUUGCCCACCAACACUUGUGCCAUCUCGGGUUUGGCUGGAGGCAUCAUCAUCUAUAUCAUGAAGCAUUCCCUGAGCGUGGGCGAGGUGAUCGAGGUCCUGGAAGUCCUCCUGAUCUUUGUGUAUCUCAAUAUGAUCCUGCUGUACCUGCUGCCUCGCUGCUUCACCCCUGGGGAGGCACUGCUGGUAUUGGGGGGCAUUAGCUUCGUCCUCAACCAGCUCAUCAAGCGCUCCCUGACGGAAAGCCAAGGGGACCCAGUGGACUUCUUCCUGCUGGUAGUGGUGGUCGGGAUGGUGCUCAUGGGCGUCUUCUUCAGCACGCUUUUCGUCUUCAUGGAUUCAGGCACCUGGGCCUCCUCCAUCUUCUUCCACCUCAUGACCUGUGUGCUGGGCCUUGGUGUGGUCCUACCUUGGCUGCACUGGCUCAUUCGCAGAAACCCCCUGCUCUGGCUUCUCCAGUUCCUCUUCCACACAGAAACUCGCAUCUACCUCCUAGCUUAUUGGUCUUUGCUGGCCAUCUUGGCCUGCCUGGUGGUACUGUACCAGAAUGCCAAGCGGUCAUCUUCUGAGUCCAAGAAGCACCAGGCCCCUACCAUCGCCCGAAAGUAUUUCCACUUCAUUGUGGUAGCCACUUACAUCCCAGGUAUCAUCUUUGACCGGCCACUGCUCUAUGUGGCUGCUACUGUAUGUCUGGCAGUCUUCAUCUUCCUGGAGUAUGUACGCUAUUUCCGCAUUAAGCCCUUGGGUCACACUCUGCGGAGUCUCCUCUCCCUCUUCCUGGAUGAACGAGACAGUGGACCGCUUAUCCUGACACACAUCUACCUGCUUCUGGGCAUGUCCCUUCCCGUUUGGUUGGUCCCAAGACCUUGCACACAGAAAGGUAGCCUGGGGGGAGCAAGAGCCUUAGCCCCCUAUGCAGGGGUCCUGGCAGUGGGUGUGGGCGAUACUGUGGCCUCCAUCUUUGGCAGUACCAUGGGGGAGAUCCGCUGGCCUGGAACCAAGAAGACAUUCGAGGGGACCAUGACAUCUAUAUUUGCACAAAUCAUCUCUGUAGCUUUGAUCUUAAUCUUUGACAGUGGAGUGGACCUAAACUACAAUUAUGCUUGGAUUUUGGGGUCCAUCAGCACUGUGUCCCUUCUGGAAGCAUAUACAACUCAGAUAGACAAUCUCCUUUUGCCUCUCUACCUCCUGGUAUUGCUGAUGGCCUAGUAGCAACAGUGGUGAUGGAGGAAACGGGCACAAAGUGAAUGAAUGGUCCUCACAGCAGCUAGCCACGUGGACAUGAACAGCCAAGGGUGACAAGGAGAUUUAGUUUUUCAAUUGAUUCAGACUUAAAAUAAUAAUAAUAAUAAUAAAAAAGCUCUCCUUCCUGGCUU